AACGAUAGAAAUUGAUUCAUCACGUUGUUUCACAUAUGGACUCUGGCUUUGGUCGGAAUUCUCACAUAACAACAACAGCAACAACACAAAACGCAUCUAAAUAGACAUAAUAAUCAUAUUAAUGAUAUUAAUUACUAUAGUGGAUGAUUCAAGUGUUGGUCGACCUUGUGUUGAACAUUGAUAACGAAGAAGAUUGACAGCACCGAAUAAGAAGAGUGUGAAAAGCUUUCAGCCUCUCGUUGCUAACAUAUUAUUCUGUAGCGCUCCAAUUUAAAUCGAUUCCUAAUUCUUCUUCUCGUGACAUUUUGGAGCAACAGUUGCAAAGAUGGUGUCCAGCACAAUUGAAAAGACAUACGAAGAUGACAAGUUCAUUAAAUCUGAAGGGGACAAGCGCAAGUACCGUGGUCUGGAAGUCAGCAAUGGAAUGAAGAUUCUACUGAUUAGUGAUCCUGAAACAGACAAAUCUGCUGCCGCCAUUGACGUCCACAUUGGUGAUAUGUGUGACCCCAAAGACUUACCAGGUCUUGCACACUUCUGUGAACACAUGUUGUUCCUUGGAACCACGAAAUAUCCUCAGGAAAAUGAAUAUUCAAAGUUUGUCACUAACCAUGGCGGUACGUAUAAUGCCUCCACAUCCCCAGAACACACCAACUUCCACUUUGAAGUAAACCCACCUGGACUUCAAGGUGCACUGGACAGAUUCGCCCAAUUCUUCAUCUCUCCCCUCUUCACCCCUUCUGCAACUGAGAGAGAAGUGAAUGCUGUUAACUCCGAACACAACAAGAACAUCCAGGACGACAACUGGAGGCUGCAACAGUUGGAGAGAACGGUUUCGGACCCGAGUCAUGACUACUGCCGUUUUGGAACAGGCAACAAAGAUACAUUGGAGACAAAACCCAAAGACAGAGGUGUCGAUACCCGAGACGAACUUUUACGUUUCCAUGAGAAAUAUUAUUCCAGUAAUAUUAUGACCUUGGCUGUGUUGGGUAAAGAAUCUCUUGAUGAACUGACUGCAAUGGUUCUGCCAUUGUUUGAUAAAGUUGUCAAUAAAAAUGUCGAGAUUCCUGUUUGGAAUGAGCACCCAUGUGGCUGUGAACAAGUGAAGACCAGAGUUAUUACCGUGCCUGUAAAAGACCUCAGAAAUUUAGCCAUUGUUUGGCCAAUUCCUGAUAUCCAAGCUUACUAUAAAUCCAAUCCGGGAUUUUAUUUGGCACAUUUACUUGGACAUGAAGGACGCAACAGUCUCCACGCUGAACUGAAAGCUAAAGGUUGGGUGAACACCCUUUAUGUCUACAUCAAAUCAAGGGUCCACGGCUUUAUGUUCUUCACUCUUGCAGUAGAUUUAACAGAAGAUGGAAUGGAUCAUGUCAACGACAUCGUCACAUUGACCUUCCAGUAUCUGAACAUGUUGCGCAAAGAAGGGCCCCAGGAGUGGAUAUUUAAAGAAUUUCAGAGUCUCAGCAACAUGACAUUCCGCUUUAAAGACAAAGAAAAUCCUCGUAAUUACGUGGUACAUUUGACAGACAAUCUCCAGACUUUUGAAAUGACUGAUGUUUUGUGUGGUGAGGAUAUCUGGCGUGAGUAUCGUCCAGACUUGAUAAACGAGAUUCUGGCUCUGCUUAUUCCUGAGACCGUCAGAAUCUUUGUCAUUGCCAAAUCAUUUGAUGGCAAAACUGAUCAGAAGGAACAUUACUAUGGCACUGACUAUAAAGUUGAAAAAAUUGAAGAAUCUGUCUUGGAGACAUGGAGAAACUGUGAAACGCAUGAAAACCUUCAACUUCCAAUCCCUAAUGAAUUUAUUCCAACCAAUUUUGAAAUCUUUAAAAGAGAGAAAGAUUCAUCUCCUUUGCCAGAAAUUAUAAAGGAUUCAACAAUGUCACGGUUAUGGUUCAAACAAGAUGACAAGUUCCUGCUCCCUAAAGCCUACCUCAGUUUUGAAUUCCGAAGUCUGCUCGCUAAUGUUGAUCCCGUUCACACCAAUAUGACCGUACUGUUUCUGAGUGCCUUCCGCGAUGCCCUCAACGAGUACACCUACCAUGCUGAAAUCGCAGGACUUUUCUAUUCUUUGGACAUCACAUCGUACGGACUUGGACUUUAUGUCCAAGGUUACAAUGAUAAACAAUCGGUUUUGUUGAAGAAAAUCAUGGAGAAGUUUCUUAAUUUUACUGUAGAUCCAAAGCGUUUUGCUAUUCUCAAGGAAUCGUAUAGCCGGACUUUGAGUAACUUUGCUGCUGAGCAGCCCCACCAACACACCAUGUAUUAUCUGACUAUUUUGAUGACUGAACAAAUGUGGACCAAAACACAACUGCUGGAAGCAGUCGAAGACAUCACUUGUGAUGAUCUACAGGCUUUUAUUCCGUUACUGCUGUCGAAGAUGUAUAUUGAGGGCCUGGUCUAUGGAAACACUUCUCAAGAGAAAGCCUUGGAUCUGUUGAAUAUGAUAGAAGACAUGUUGCUAGAGAAAUCGGUGAAGCCACUGCCUCACAGCCAGCAGCGAUUUUACCGAGAACAUCAACUCUUGGAUGGUGACCAUUAUUUAUAUAAAGUGACCCAAGAUGUUUGGAGCAGCUCAGCUGUGGGCAUCUACCUCCAGACCGGCGUCCAGAGCACCCAGUCCAACAUGAUCCUGGAAUUGUUCUGCCAAGUCAUCAAGGAAUUCUGCUUUACCGUGCUACGUACACAAGAACAACUGGGUUACUUGGUCCACAGUGGUAUCCGAAGGUCAAGAGGGGUCCAGGGAAUGCUGCUGAUGGUCCAGACUGACCACUCUGCUGAUCACGCAGAAGGACGGAUGGAAGCAUUCUUACAUUCUGUGAAGAACUACUUGGACAAUCUUACCGAGGAUGACGUGUCCGUGAAUAUCCAAGGCUGGGCAGGGAAACGCCUGGAGGCUCCCAAGGAACUCCUCACACAGAAUUACAAAUACUGGGUUGAGAUAACAAGUCAACAGUACAACUUUGACAGAGAUAAUAUUGAAGUUGAAUAUUUGAAAACUCUUACCAAAGCAGACUUGAUUAAUUUCUAUAAUACCACUGUCGCCUACGAUGCCAUUUCUAGACAUAAGUUAACUGUACAUGUGGUGCCCUCUAGUGUUGUUCAGAAGGUCAACGAAACCUGCACCAAGACCCAGGAGGGUCUCUCCCCAAUUCCGCCAUUCCAGAAGGUAUGAACUUGGAAAUAUUUAUGUGU